CCAAGACGGCAAAAGUGCAAAGAAGCAAAGAUAAGCGGAAAACCAAGUCUUAUUACAAGCUAGGUAUCCAUUCUCAGCUUCCUCAGCGAGAGAGAGAGAGAGAGAGAGAGGCAUGGCGGUGGCGAUGGAGAUCCCAAGAGAGUAUGGCUACGUUGUACUAGUGCUCGUUCUCUACGCCUUCCUGAAUCUGUGGAUGGGCUUUCAAGUGGGAAAAGCUCGGAAGAAGUACAAAGUGCCUUACCCUGCGCUCUAUGCGUUGGAAUCCGAGAACAAGGAUGCCAAGCUCUUCAACUGUGUACAGAGAGGACACCAGAACUCGAUUGAAUACAUGCCGGUGUUCUUCGUGACGCUCCUGCUCGGCGGGAUCCAGCACUCGCUCGUUGCCUCCGUGCUCGGUCUCUUCUACACCGUCGCUCGUUUCUUAUACUUCAAGGGCUACGCUUCCGGAGUUCCUGAGAAUCGGCUCAAGUUUGGAGGUUUGAACUUUCUGGCGCUUCUUGGGCUCAUCUUUUGCACCGCAUCGUUUGGUAUCAACCUGCUUCUUCGCGGCGUCCUCUAGGUGUUCGACGUUAUUCCCCAAUACUUUCUUAUUUUAUAAUGUAGCUUCAAAUAGUUAAUUGGUGGUUUGCUUUUAGUAGUUUCUGUUUGAAUUACACUCAAUUUGUCAUUUCAUCGAGUUGGAUUAGGUCUUUGAAUAAGCCAAGCUGUGUUUGGAUGAGGGAUAAGUAAAAUGAGAAUCCAUAUUGUUCUCUGUUUACAUAUGAUAUGAGUUAUCAGUUUCUAAUCCUCUUUUAUUUAUUUUAACCGCUUAAUCUCUGAAGCA